AUGGCGCUAUGGUUCAAGGGCAUCCUGCUGUAUGGCAACCCUGCCCAGAAAGAGAAGUAUCUGCCUAAACUAGCCACAGCUCUCCUGGAGCCGCUCAACCUGUCAUUGACGUGGGAGUCUGAAUUCCGUAUAAAGCUGUCGUGGAACGCACCAAAGAAUUUAGAUGCAUCAUGCAAGGUGAACUACAUGAUCACUACAACGAUCGGAGAGAGGAGACCCAAAGUAGGGACAACUUUCAAGUUGUAUAAAGAGUAUAGACUCUCUACGGAAGAUGCAGUGAAUUACACAGUGCAAACAAACCCCAAACACUGUACAGGCAGAACCAUAAGCAAACCUGUCAGCAAAUCCAUCACUAAACCCACAGAGUUGGUGAAGAAUUUCCGGUGUUCCCUCUACUCCUCUAAGGCCAUGAACUGCAGCUGGCUCCCAGCCAAUCAGGCCUCAGACCUCCAGCUCUACUAUGGGUACCUUGGUCCCUCCCACAUAGCAGCAUGCAGUGAAUACCAGUACAGAGAUGGUCAGAGGACAGGAUGUCACCUGAGAGGAUCCUUCCUUCAAUAUGACGUCUACUUCAAGGUCAAUGGGACUCUCGAUGGCUUAUCUGUACGGAAUAACUUCCUGGUGCUUCCUAGAAAUCAUGUCAAGCCCCCGGCCCCUAAGGUGAAGAUCACAGAGGAAGGUAGGAAUCUCAUCCUGAGCUGGGACCCUCCGGACAUAGGCGCUGGCCACUGCUGGAAUUACAUCUUAAAAUACAACAAGUGUCAAGAGUCUCUGGGUAAGGAAAUGCAAUUGGAACAUGUACCAGUGAAGGUUUCAUAUGACCAGAGAUGCCAGUACAGAGUCAAGCUUAAAGCAGUCUAUACGAGAUGGUGUGGGGAGGGAGGCAGCGACUGGAGCGAAGAGGAAAUCUAUGGCACAGAAAUACGUUUUUCCCCAAGAUUCCCCCAAGGACCCUAACUGCACUGCUUAAGAGUGUCCGGAGUGGGAGCUCCGCAAUCGAUCAUAGAUCAGCACUCCAACUCUGAAAGCACUCGUGACUGCAACUUUUCCUCUCUCUAUACCUCUCUCUUUCCUUUCUUCUGUACUGCUCAACCGGCUCUGGAUUUCUGUGCUUCUCCACCCUAGCUUUUGAUGCAGCCUUCUUUCUUUUCUUAUCUGCCAAGACGUUUAUCUGCCAAGAUAACAAGAAGUUUAGAUGAAUCAGAUCGUUCUAGAUUAUUGCACAUCCCCUAAAGGAGCAUUACACUCAAAAAUGUCAAGUUUGGCACAUGUUUGCACACCUCAAAAGUAGACUUAAAGGGAUAGAUCACCCAAAUUACAAAAGUACAUUGGAUUCCUUACCCUGUAAGCAGUCAAUGGACAAGGCAAGACACCAAUCCAUGCUUUGGUUUAUAGCACAAAACCACUGCAAGUGGAUAUCCCCGAUUUAUAAGCAUUUUCACAUUCCAUGUCCAAAUCAUCCCAGUGCCAAAAAUGGAUUGUAUAGCUCAAUAAAGUUAGUUUAAGAUGAUUUGGACAUGAAAUGUGAAAUAUGCUAAUAUCACAGAUAUUCAGUUAAAUUGGUUUUGUGCUAUCAAUGUUAAAAAGAUGGAGACAGUGACCAGGUAAACAAAACCCAAGCAUGGAUUGCUGUCGUCUCUUGUUCAUAGACUGCUUACAGGGUAAGGAAGCAAGCAGCAUGCUACCCUGUACCCCACUGCUGGCUUGCCUCUGAAGCUAAGCAGGGUUGGUCCUGGUCGGUCUCUGGAGACCAGAUGCUGUUGGAAGUGGUGUCAGAGGGCCAGUAGGAUGCACUCUUUCCUCUUGUCUAAAAAAAUAUAUAUAUCCCAAUGCCCCGGGGCAGUGAUUGGGGACAUUGCCUUGUGCUGUCUUUCAGAUGGGAU